AAAUUUUUGGUAUAUACGCAAAAUUUUUGUACGACUACAAGUGAUUGACUCAUUGAAAAGUUUGAAACCGGUCAAACCACUGGGGAUUUUUCUUCUUCUGCUCCUGCAGCUCUUCGUCUUCCUCUGCCCGCUCAACGCCAUGAUUUCUCUGAGUGCCACAUCUUCACCUCUGCUCCCAGUAAAAUAUAUCCUCUUGAAACCCUCUCUUACACCGUCCCUUAAACCCCUAAACGAAUACCAACACCGCCGCUCCCGGAAAAGCCUUAAUCUGAGAAGAUUUGGAGCUGGUAAGUGCAAGGCGCAGUUAGUCAAUGAUGCGCCUAUUGCCGUAGCCAUCGGCGCUUGCAUUCUCAACUCCCUGGUAUUCCCCGUUGCUCCUUCGCCGGAUGAGGAUGAAACCGACUCGGUGAUUGACUCUGCCGAUGCCCGAUUAGCUGUCAUGGGGAUAAUUAGCUUCAUCCCAUAUUUCAAUUGGCUAAGUUGGGUCUUUGCUUGGUUGGAUACGAAGAAGAGGCGAUAUGCUGUGUAUGCUAUUGUUUAUUUGGCUCCUUACUUGAGGUCUAAUCUUUCACUGUCUCCUGAGGAUAGCUGGCUUCCAGUUGCGAGUAUUCUCUUGUGCAUCCUCCAUAUUCAGCUUGAAGUCAGUAUAAAAAAUGGAGACAUCCAGGGUUUGCAGUUUUUUAGUGAGACUAGAAAGACAGACAGUACAACAUUUGAAGAGGAUAUAGCAACUGAUCGUAAAAAUUUGCCUUCAGCGCAACGGGGAGAUGAUGAACGUAAGUGGACAGUUCGUGAAAAGCCUUCUCAAGAUCCAGGGAACUUGGAUAAAGAUAGAGAGGAUCCUAUGGGAAGCAAGCACUAAGUUAAGAUCCUAUUGAGGUGAAGUAGAAUCAACAGGGAUUGUAGUAUGUAAAUUUUUAGCAUAUUUAAACUAAUUACUUAUCAGUUAUCACAUCCAUGAGAGUUUCCUAUUUUUUGAAAGUUAAUUUACAUAUUUUGGUAUUAUUCUACAUGAACAAGUAAGCUGAAUAUGAACUCUGCCUUUUUUUAAAUAAUGGCAGGCUAGUAGGCAACUUCCUGUAAAGUAGGCAUCAAGUAAGCAGAAUAUGAACUCUGUGAAAUGAACAAUAGCAUACACAGCAUAUUAAUCUACGGUAUGGGUCCAGAUUUCGUGCCCGUUUCAUUUUGUUUCACUGGUAGUCGGAACUCGGUAGGGAUGAGGGAGGGUAGAGAGAGUGCAUAUAAAUUGUCGGAUUAUAAUGAAUAUUAAUCGCUUAGCAUUUACAUGUUCUGUAAUGUUGUACAUAUUUUAGUAGCAGAUUUGACCAUAUUAGAAUUAAUAGGCUAAAUAAAAAACCUCAUUUAAGGAAACCACACAAGAAUUAAUUAUACUUUAUAUAAGGUUGGGCGCAUUAAGCUAGUAAAUUUGUAAUACAUAAUGUUAGAAUUCAAAUCAUUACCCCUUUAGAUAAACACAAUUAAGGGUUGUUUACUUUUUUUCCAUUAAGUCUUGUCUGGAUUAAGAUGUUUGUCCGUAUUAAGACAUCUGUCUAGAUUAGGUAACAUUGUGAUACUAAGGGGGUGUUUGGAUCUGAUUCUUAAAAUUGUUCCGCUCCUUUAGGAAGCAAAAGCAGAAGUUGGAGUGUUUGGGUGAAAGUGCAGAAGUGAUUCUGGUGCUCUAAUGUACUCCUAGAACUAGAAUCAGUUUUUGUAGAAGCUGGGGUAGACCAGCUUCUGAAAUCUGAUUCUGAUUUUGAUUCUGCUUUAAAAAAGAAGCAGAAACAGAAUCAGUUCCAAACACCCCUUAAGCUGUUUACCAUGUAUGCUGAAUGUGAAUGUGUUGUCUGAAUGACAAUAAGUUACCAAUUUUACCGAUUUACCCUUCUAUCUGUUAUUUUAAUUCUUUAUUCUUUCUCUUUGUAAUUCUCAAUUUCUCAUAGACACAAAUUACAAUCUUUGAGCUUUCUGCUUAUAAGUCGUAAUUG